GCUACUACUUCACCAUGCGUUGCCUCACAAAGCCGACUGUUGCGACUAGGGGCGCUUGCGCUCGCUCCUCCAUGGCGCUGCCUUUGCGUCGCGCCGCAGUGGUUGCGCGUGAUAGCAAGGAGGAUGCUGUGAAGGCUCUCGAGAACUAUGCUUCGGGCGCUCGUGCAAACCUGAAGGAGCCCCUGGCCACCUCCGUCCCCGUGACUCCUCUGGGCCGUCCCGGCCCUAAGCUACAGGCUGCUAAGAGCGUCGAGCAAAGCAUUGGCGGCAGCGUUGACGGCCAGGGUCUGCUGCAGCUGGACAAGGACACGUUCUGGCCCUACCUGGAGCAGCAGCAGGACACCCUGGUGGUGGUGGACUUCUACACCGACUGGUGCGGCCCCUGCAAGCUCAUCUACCCCGAGCUGGUCAAGCUCAGCCAGGAGCGCACCGACGUGCGGUUCGUCAAGGUCAACUGCAACAAGUCCAACAAGGAGCUGGGCAUGCAGCUGGCCAUCAAGGUGGCGCCCACCUUCCACCUCUACCGCAACAAGACCAAGGUGGCCGACAUGACCGGCGCCAAGAUGGAUAAGCUCAUCGCGCUCAUCAACCAGCACCAGCCGCCCAAGAACUGAUUGAGCCACACCCACAAUUACGACUCGUGAACUCUUUUGCGGAUGGCUUUUAGUUGUGACAAUAUGCGAUAUGCAGGGGCGGUUGAGCUGAGCUGAGGGGACGUUGAGCUGUAUGUGUGUUUGUGUGGCGGCGGCCCUGAGGGCCGCGCCACUAAGACUGGAGAAGAAGAAGCUGUUGACUGCAAAUUGCGGGCCCCGUGGCUGUGCCUGGCGCGUUGAGGAGGGGGGUCGGUCCAGACCUGGAAAUUGGGUGUGGCGGCGAGACUGGGCUGCAGAGUGCGGCGUGGUGAGGUGACUUGGGGAAGCGGAGGGGAGGCGACGGUGGAUGCGUGCCGCCGGUGGAGGCGAGGGCGGGGUUGCCCGUUUUGCAUUUGCCCCCGCCCCACCCACACGCCGCUCCUACCCCCACCCCUUGGCUUAAUAACGUGAUAUUCAAUGCAUGAUGCCGUACCGAUGGGGCGUGCGCGCUGUCCGUGUGCACGGCGUUCACACGUCUCGGGAUCUUGAUGUGCUACGACGGGAAGUAAACGACGCAGUGAAUACAGUUAUGAUGUGCAUGGAUUUGUUGUUGGCGGCGGCGGCAGGCGGGCGGGCAGGGCUCCGGAGGAGGGGCCGCGACUAUGCGGCGCAGGGCGUUUUCGCAGAUCUGUCCGGCUGAGAGAUGUGGUGGACGCUUGCGGCCUCAGACUAGAUACGUGGCUCAGCCCACUUGUCCCAUGAUAGGGGAACCACAUCUCUAGUCGCAGAUCUAGGGGCUGGGGGCUGCCAUGCACCCGUGGCGGUAGCCCUUGGCGGUAGCCCAAGGUGAUUGACACGGACACGUGUGCAACCGUCCCACUCCCAAUAAAGCAGGCAGCCGGCAUCGCUGCCUGUCGCUGCCGGUGCCUCGAAUUGGCUGUUGAUAUAUGGGUGCGUCUUCACUCGCCAGCCCGCCGCCCUCCCAAGAUUCGUGUGAUU